AUGCUAGGUAAGUUGAGGAAUGAUGCAUCAGACAGAAGGCAGAUCUUGGAUGAAGGUUACAGAAAACGAGUUGAUCGAUUGAUUGCGUGGAUGAAUAGCCCUAAUUGCUUCCACCACUCUCCUAGACUAAAUGCAAAAGGUGGUAUUUUACUCGCCUAUUCAAUUAGGGGAACCAUGGACAACCAGCGAUUGUCCUGCAAAUAUAUUCCAUUAACUUUACUAAGAAGUCCUUUCACUGAGAAAGAGAUUGUCUUGAAAAUGUACAUCAAUAAGGUGGAAAACACCAAUUUUGUUAUGAUGCCUAAUUUGGCAGCUGAAUAUCAAAAUAUUAAUAGUUUAUCCAGUAAAAUAAUUCAUGAGUGGCAAUUAUUUACCAUGAGACAAGACAGUGCCUUCAUUAAAUAUCUUAAUCGGCAGGAGGACACAAACCAGAGGAAUGAAAAUAUUUUUCUAUUUUAG